AUGCGAAACGCCGAAGUACCGCCACCGCCACCCUCCACAGCAGCCCCACGGCAUCAUGCUCCGACAGCCGCACGCGUCGAACGGCCAGCGAGAACCGAUUUUUUAUGUCGCGUGAAAUACAGCAAUACUUUACCGGACAUUCCAUUUGAUACGAAGUUCCUGACGUGUCCGCUCGUUUCACUUAGCAGAUUCACGGACUACAAGUUGUCGAGUUUGGAGAAGAAUUUCAAAUUUGAUGUGUUCUGUGAGCCGGACUGUGGCGUCCAUAUUGAUCUGAUCAGACCUGAAACAUAUUACGUUGAUCGGGAUGCCCAGAACAAGCAUCAUCCAACUGAUCUCGAACUUCUGGAAGAUGAGCAGACAAGUCAGCAGAACCUGCGCAGAUCUUUGCAACACUGCAAAAUGGUCCCAUGGAUGAGAAAAACUGAGUAUAUCAGUUCAGAAUUUACGAGAUUUGGUGUAUCAGCUGAAAGGCAAGAAACGAAGGUUGGCGUUUUUUUCUCUCCAUCCUCUCCGACUUCUGUGCAGGCGGCAGAAAGGCCGAGGAUUGGCUACAGCACAAAGAAAAAGUUCCUCACCGAAGUUCUUUACAGAGAUCGUGCAUCACAAAUAGCUGCCAUAAAUAAAACAUUUGUUGAUGCUUCAAAACCAGUGCUGCAUCAUCCAACGAAAAAGAAUGUGAAAGCAGUUGAAGAGUUCCCGCUGCUGCCUGAUUUCGACAACUGGAUGCACCCCUUUGCACUGGUUAUUUUCGAUGGUGAUCCAAUACCACAAAGCGCGAGAGGCGAUGCGCAAAGAUUAAUGCCACAAGCUCUUAUUCGGUACGAAUAUAAUUCGGUUCGAGAUUACAACUGGUUAGUAAGGAACAAAUCAACCAAAGGCUAUGAGCAGGACAUUUUCUUGUUUUCAUUUCGUGACGGUGCUGUGUAUUAUAAUGAACUGGAAACAAGAGUUUCACUCAAUCGACGGAAGACGAAACGAGCUCGGGUAAUUCGCUUCAUUUCGGUUGUCCAAAAAUUUCAACUACCUACAGCUUCUUUUAUAACGGUAAUGAAAAAAGAGAAAAAGGGAUAAAG